UCACAGCAUCAGCUGCAUCAUGGCUCGUCUUAUCAUCCUCCUUCCCUUCCUCCUCAAUCUGCUAGUGCUGCUGCUAGUCGACUCCCGCCUCGAUCCCGCAAAAGUCCCAACGAUGUCCCUCGAAGUCGACGAACAAGACUCGAUCCUGACGAGGUGGGCGUUGCUCGUCGCCGGAUCCUUCGGCUACGAGAACUACCGCCAUCAGGCUGACGUUUGCCAUGCUUAUCAAGUUCUGAAAAAUGGCGGGCUCAAAGAUGAAAACAUCAUCGUUUUCAUGUACGAUGACAUCGCAUAUAACGAGAACAACCCUAGACCCGGAAUCAUAAUCAACCAGCCCCAAGGGAAGGAUGUAUAUGCCGGAGUUCCCAAGGAUUAUGUUGGAGAAAAUGCCAACGUGAACAACUUCUUUGCUGUCCUUCUCGGGAACAAAAGUGCACUGACCGGUGGGAGUGGAAAGGUCAUUGACAGCGGCCCGGAUGAUCAUAUCUUCAUUUAUUACGCUGAUCACGGCGGCCCUGGAGUUCUUGGUAUGCCAACAUCUCCCGACCUUUACGCCAAUGAUCUGAACGAUGUCCUGAAGAAAAAACACGCUGCAAAGUCUUAUAAAAGCAUGGUUAUUUACAUUGAAGCUUGUGAUUCCGGAAGUAUUUUCGAGGGACUUCUCCCAGAGAAGUUAAACAUUUAUGCUACCACAGCAGCCAUGGCCACAGAGAGCAGUUACGCCACUUAUUGUCCUUGGAUGCACCCUGCCCUUCCUCCUGGUUAUUCUGUAUGUUUGGGAGAUCUAUACAGUGUUUCCUGGUUAGAGGACAGUGAUAAGAAUAACAUGGCCAAAGAGACUUUGGAACAACAAUAUAAGAAAAUUAAGGAGAGGACCUCAGUUAAUGGCACAUACAACGUAGGUUCGCAUGUCAUGCAAUAUGGGAAUGUUCGAGAGUUGAGUUCAAAAAGACUCUAUCUCUACAUCGGUUAUUCCAAGCCUCAUCACAAGGGCAGUGCUGCUCAUGCUUAUCGUCAGGACUCCUUGCCCACGAUUAAUCAGGAACCGAUCGACCAACGUGAUGCCAGUCUAGUAUUUUUCUGGCAAAAUUUCCAAAGGGCACCUGAAGGCUCUUCUCGGAGAAUUGAAGCUCGGAAGCAGUUGGUCGAGGUGAUGGAGCAUCGGUCGCAUGUCGAUGAUAGCAUUCGGCUCGUCGGAAAGCUUCUUUUCGGAGACGAUCGAGGUUUAGAAAUACUAGACGCUGUCCGGCCGGCAGGCCAGCCUUUGGUGGAUGAUUGGUCUUGCCUUAAGUCGAUGGUUCGAUCUUUCGAAAGAUAUUGUGGAUCUCUGUCCCAGUAUGGGAUGAAACACAUGAGAAAGUUUGCCAACUUGUGCAAUGCCGGCGUGAAGGCGGAAACAAUGGUGAAGGUUUCGGCUGAAGUAUGCCACACAUUUCCCUCCAACGCUUGGAGCUCCCUUCGCAGGGGCUUUAGCGCAUGAU